CUAUUCAAGCUGAACGAACUCAUUUAGAAUUCAACGAUGCUUCAGUUUCUAGCAUCUCUGCCAGGACAACGGUUAUUGAAGGAUAAGAAUGGGUAACAAAUAGAGUCAUAUCCUUUGAAUAGUCCUUUUUAUGUUUUAUUCUCACCGAAUCAUUAUCUCCCCAGAUUUUCACAGUGAACAACUAAUAUAAGUCAAAAUCCAAAAUUCCGGGGGGAAAAAAGGUUCUGCCCCUUCGUUUAACUAUAUGGCGUUGUGGUCAUUUUCAACCGACUGCCGUACCUGCAGUAAUCAAUCAACUAGUAUACUCAAUUGACGGCUGUACUCCAUCCGAUUUGGUAUUUGAGUGGCUGUGGUGCUGAACUAGCCCCAUGCUCAAUAUAUUGGUACGGUCACUACGUCCUAUAAGAGAACCUUCGAGCGCCUAAAAAAUCAUUCUCUCUCCCAACAACUAAAUCACACCUACCUUCAAUAGUUGACUUCCAAAAACUUCAAAAUCAACUGUACCACUCCAACAGAACAAGAACAAGCUUUCGACACUACUCAGAUCCCCCUUUUACUGCUUCUAAAUUCGACCCAAACCUCUAUUAUACCGCCAGCAACAGUCGAGAAAAUGGCGAUUUGUGUAUACUAUCUCGUCGGCCGAUGCAUAGCAGGAACCAAAUGUCAUAACAAGCACAUAGGUCCAGCCUUUCCUACCCCAUGCAGGAAUUUCGUUCUUCAUAACACCUGUACCUGGGGAGCUAGAUGUCGAUAUGCGCACCCAACUCCUGUUGCGCCAGAAGAUCCCAGCCCUUCCCGCCCUUCCUGUAGAGACUUCCUUUCGGGACGCGGAUGCAAGUUCGGAUCCAAGUGCCUUCAAUACCACCCAGGAGCUGUGGAAAAGGCGGAUUCUAGCUCGAUUCCAGCUCCCUCGUCAACCCCAUCCACCACCAUUACGCUGACAGCUUCAAAGGCUACAGAUAUUGCUAAUAUCACAUUGACUAAGGAUGAAUUUACUAGUAUAGUGUUGGCUUCAUUAACAGAAUCUAAUUCCACUCCUGAUCUCCCACUACUUCAAUCCGCCACGACAACACCAGUGGAUUCGGAAGCCACAGACAUUGCCAAUGUCAAAUUAUUUCGGGAUAAAUAUCAUAGUACAAUCUCAGCUCCAUCAACGGAAUCCAGUUCCAUUCCAGAUCUUCCGCUACCUCAAUCUGCCAUGACAACACCAGCGGCUUCGAAGGCUGUAAACAUUGCCAAUAUCAAAUUGACCCAGAAUUCAUCUGCUAGUACAUUGUCGACUCCAUCAACGAAAUCUGAUUCUACUCCAGACCUCUCACUACCUCAAUCCAUCACGACAACACCAGCGGGUUCGAGGGCCACAGACACUACCGAUGUAAAAUCUUUCGAUGUCAAGGUUGUUGAUACAAUGCUUGCUUCAUCAGUGGAUCCUAGUUCCGAUGAUGCUGCUCCAUCGCCACUAGCACAAACAUCUCUUUCACUUGAUAGAGAUCAGACGGAUGCUAUCUACGUGAAAAAUUCUAAUAAUGAGUUUGAUGGUACAAAGCCAGCUCCAUCAACAAAUCCUGAUUCUAAUCCGACAUCUCCACCAUCCCAAUCACUAACAUCUAUUUCCACCAAUUUGAAAAAUACAGACGAAAUCGGCGACCCAUUUUUGACGGCUGUUACGUUCAUUGGCGAUAGCUAUGAGCUAGUUCGAUCUACAACUCGAAGCCCGUCCCCUGUCGAUAGCGAGUAUGACACUUCGUCAUCCACCGUUCCAGAAGAAGCGUCGCCUACACCCAAGCUAGUUCAAUCUGACUCAGGUAUAGAUCUUGCUGAUAGCAUGAAUAACAAUAAGCAAUUCAACAACUUUGCGGAUCAAUCAACCGCACCAUUCAUUACACCACCAAACGAUUCUUCAACUGACCUCGGAUUAGCAUCCGCAGUUCAAUCUGCUGAUCUAAAUCUUCCACCAGACCAGUUACCCAGCUUCAUGGAUGAGGUAACACAUGUCCAUAGCCCAGAUGACACUGUUCUAUCUACCGUUACAGAAGACAUAUCGAUUACCCCAUUGAUCAUAACACCAAUCAACCCUAGCGUUGAACCCAAACCAGCAUCUGCAGUUGAAUGCACCAGCCCAGAUCUGCCAGAAAACAACUUCUUUUACAAGUUGAUUGCAGCAUCUGCGGCGGCGGAUAAACAGCAUUUGGAGAUUUCACCCAUUUCUACAAAAGAUCAAACAGCUAUUAAUGAGCUCUCCCAUCUAGUCAUAGACUGUUCAGCUGCAACCGUACCCUCAAAUCUUGAGUUAGAAGGGCCUGGCAUUUAUGAGCGUAAAAUUUGGUACGUACACCCUUAAAACGCUCUGUUUCCCAUCUGUUCCAUGCUAACAAAUCAUUGCUAUUACAGUCACAGUGUAGUACUAUGCACAUGGCCUCAAGAAUCGAAUAUACCAGCAUUAUCUAUGGUCGAGACUCUUACUACCCUGGCAUCAACCUUUGGAGAGAUCGUAUGUGCGCCAUUUUAUCGCAAUGCCGGCUUCAGUCACUCCCUUCAAUUCACAUUUCAACAUCCUCAUGAGGCGGCUUCGGCUUCUGCACAAUUGAACGGCCAGUAUAUCAAAGUUGCUGGUACAUAUAUGAGUGUCCAGACCUCAGUCACUCACCAAAUUACAGUCACAUACAUGAUACCUCAACACAUCAUCGACUCAUUAGGUCGCCACGGUCAAGGAAACCUCCAUGCGCUCUUCGAACAAAACUUUUGUCAGCUACAGUGGAAUAAUUUCCAUCGCUAUCAUUUAUCUGGUGAACUAGUUACCGAAGUUACGAUUAUGGGUAUGUACGAAGGACAGGUAGCGCAAUGCAAAGCUGUACUUGAGGAUCUUAUUAGAGGUAGAGUGUUGACUCAUGAGGAAGGUGAUAAUAGACCUCUUUGGCAUAACUUUUUCAAUACGGAAAAGGGAACAGUGUGGCUUAAAGAGAAGACGGAGGAUAAUUUUUAUAUGAAGGUGCGGGCGGUGAGAAUGGCGAAUUUAAAUGUGUUGAUGCUUUAUGGCUCGAGUGAGUGGACAAGAAAUGAAUUUGGAGGGAUAGUUAAGAAGAAGAUUGAGGAGUUGAUGGAAGAAGAGAAGAAGGCUGCGGAAAUUAGUGCUGUGGUAGCUGAAGAGUUGAGGUUGAUGAGAUUGAGAGUUCAGGGGAAGGGGAAGGGUUUAGGAAUGCUUUGUCUGGAGGCUUUAAGCUAAGAAGGGAAGGAUAGUGGUGGGUUACAUGCUUU